AUGGGCGGCCCAGAUCGCAGCACACUAGCUACGAUGCUGUUGUACCUCCUCGCUGCAUCGCUUGUGCCUACCGUAUUGGCGGUCAAUGGGAGGCCAGAUGACUCUGCGCUUCCGGAAGAGUGCCAGCGACGCGGCGCAGGCAACGACUCGUACACCUUGAGCCUGCACAUCGCGGCCAUCUUUGUGGUCUUUGUCUCGAGCUCCAUCGGCAUCGUGCUCCCAUUCGUACCCCUCUGGCUCAAGAGUCGACCCACAUCGGCUGCAAAUGACGACGGUGAUCAGCAUACACACGGACACGGACACGGACWCGCGUCAGGGAUGCCUCGGACCUGGUGGGACGAGGUCUUCUUCAUCGGCAAAUGCUUUGGGGCCGGCGUCAUCCUGGCUACCGCCUUUGUGCAUCUGACCUACGAGGCGUUCAUCCAGCUCAGCUCGCCCUGUCUAAACCUUGCCUAUUCACCCAUGGCGCCUGCCAUCUCCAUGGCAUCCCUCUUUGCUAUCUUCCUCGUCGACAUGCUUCUCAUGCGCCACAUCCACCGCUCGCGCAAGGCCAUGGACGAACUCAAGGCGCGGCGUGCCAAGGACAAGGCGCAUCUCGAAUCCCUCACGCUCCUCAGUAUUCGGCCCAUCGACUCUCCCGCUCCCGUCGACGUCGCCGUACCGCAUAACGCUUCUGCGCUCGCCACAUCGCAGGCGAUCACGGCAGGCAAGACGCCCGACGACAGCGGCCGCGUGGACGGGACCAAACCGUUCGAUGCAACUGUGCUCAGCGAGCGCCUGCGCAGGAACGAGAUGAUCGAGCAGGAAGAGAAGCUUGCCGAUGACAAGCUGCGCCAACGCGCCAAGGAGCUCGACGUCAUGAUCAUCGAGGGCGGCAUCGUAUUCCACAGCGUCAUGGUCGGCCUCGGUCUCGGCACAGCUUCCGAUGCCGGCUUCGUGCCCUACUUUAUCGCCAUCGUCUUUCACCAGAUGUUUGAUGGCUUUGCGAUCGGCACACGCAUGGCAGCGCUCGACUUUGUGGGCCGGCGCAGGAAGCAGGCGGCCAUGUUCCUCGCCUACGCUUUCGUCACGCCCGUCGGCAUCGCCCUGGGAACGGGCGUCCGCACCGUCUUUGAGCCCAACAAUCCCUCCACCAUCAUCGCCAUCGGCGUGCUCGACUCCAUCUCUGCCGGUGUCCUCCUCUACGGCGCGCUCGUCGAUCUUCUCGCCAAGGAGUUCCUCUUCGGCCCCAUGCUCGACGCCAGCGACCGCCGUCUGGCCGUCGCGCUCGCAAGCCUUCUCUUUGGCGCUGGAGUCAUGAGUCUCUUGGGCAAGUGGGCUUGA